AUGCUGCCGUCGCUACUACGCUCCUUACCCCGGCUGGGACGGACAUGGAAGCCCCUUAACUUCUCUGAUCCAAACUUCGCCCGGAUACCAGCAAGUCAGAAAAUUGAAGAAGAAACCUUGCCAGAUUAUAUCGCUUCCCGGUAUUAUCCUGUUCGAAUAGGAGAAAUCCUCCAGGACCGGUAUCAGAUUGUAGGAAAACUGGGUUUUGGGGCGAGUUCCACUGUGUGGCUUGCGCGGGACAUGAACUACCGUGGUUACGUUACCCUCAAGAUCUUCAUCAAGUCUGCAUCUAUGGGACAGCAAUUGGAUGAUGAGCUCCAGAUGUAUAAACGCAUCAAGAGGGGUUCGGAAAACCAUCCCGGUCGCAAUGCUGUUAGGUCGUUACUUGACUCUUUUGAUGUUGAGUUGAAUGGCCCGAGGACAAACAUCGAUGCCUUGUGCAUCCUCCAUUUCCUGGCAUUUGUGCUGAAGCGCCUGUUUUUGGCGCUGGACUACCUGCAUACGGAAUGCCAGAUUAUCCAUGCUGACAUCAAGGCCGACAAUAUCAUGUUCGGCAUCGCCGAUGAUUCGGUCUUCCGUGACUUUAUGGAGAAUGAGCUUCAGAACCCUUGCCCGAGAAAAGAGCUAGAUGGGAGAACCAUCUACGUGUCCCGGGAGCUCAGAAUGCCCCGAGACUGGGGCGCCCCGGUCCUAUGUGACUUUGGCUCGGCUAUGCCCGGUGGCAUAGAGCACUUAGAAGAUAUCCAGCCCAAUAUAUAUCGCGCGCCGGAGGUAAUCCUGGAGGUCCCAUGGACAUAUAGCGUUGAUAUAUGGAAUGUGGGAUGUAUGAUCUGGAACAUUUUUGAGGGUGGGUCCUUGUUCACUGGCUGUGACCCAGAAUUUCAGGCUUAUCGAAGUCGAGCCCAUCUCGCUGAGAUUAUAGGGCUGCUUGGGCCUCCUCCGCCGAGUCUUCUUGCCCAAGGGAAGCUCCGCCAUAAGUUCUUUACUGAUGACGGUGACUUCCGCGCCCAAUUUCUGUUAAAAGAUCGGAUUCCGCUUGAGCAGAGGGAAACAACUCUUGAGGGACAGGAUAAGGCCCGUUUCUUACGCCUAAUAUACAAGAUGUUACAGUGGGAGCCGGCCAAGCGUAGCUCUGCUAAGGAGCUGCAAGAGGAUGAGUGGAUCUGUAAGAACCUAGAGAGUACGCCUUAA